CAACACUGGAAACAGCCUGGAAACGAGCAAUUCAUUAGAUUGACGUGUUGGUCUUGGGUUGCAUCUUGUAUGAACCUCCAUGAAAAAAUGAAACCAUCAGCACAGAAUGUCCCUUCAGAGGAACCAUCUUUACUUUACAGGGACAUAAAACACAAAUGAUUGACAGUUAAGAUCCAAGCAUGUGGCUCUUUACGUGACACAGUGAGAGUUUUGGUUCAAACAAGCAGAGCUGCUGACAGACGUCUGUCCUCACAAAGUCUUACAGAAACAUUGAGACAUUAAAACUGGAGAAGAAACUCAGGGCUGAAAAAGUUCUUCCAGUGGAUCGGACCUGAAGCUGCAGUGGAUAUUAUUAUAAACACAGUUAAUACUUUUAGAAAUGGGAAAGUUUUUUAGUUUGGUGAGUCACUUUCACAUAAUAAUCUGAUCUUUACCAUCAUAAUCAACAGCAUCUGUUCUGUUUUCAUGGCUUCUACUUUACAAAACGACCAGAAAUGAUUUAGUAUCAAGUUAAUCAGCAAUAAUAAUAAUAAUAAUAAUAAUAAUAAUAAUAAUAAUAAUAAUAAUAAAUUCAUGGAGGAUACUCAAAGUCCUCUACAGCAAAAUCUAUUUAUUAUUUAUUACAAUUAAACACAAAACCUUUCAGCAGAUUUAUAUUCAAUGUUAUUUUCAUUCAACCAAGAACUUUGAUUUUCAGAGAAAAAGAGACGACAAACAUAAACCAGUGUAGAUCUUGGAAAACAAUUCUCUAUUUUUAUUUAUCCUCCAUUGACAGAAAUGCAUAGAAAAAGUUUUCCAUAAUAAUAUAUAUAUAAUAAUGAAACCAACGAGGAGUUUCACGCCUCGUUGCCUCCAAACUUUACCUCCAUCCACAUUCAGGACAUCAUGAAAAAAUCUGUUGGUCAAAUUAAAAGAUUAAACCUAAAUCUGCCAAACGUAUGAAUAAUUUUGGGCCUAUUAUUUACUCAUCUUACAUCUUCAAAGGGUAAAUUAUGGAUUUUUUCUACAGGAAUUUCUCCACCAAACACAAGGAGGUCAUCUCUAAAAGUCUCCUGAUCCAACCAGGAUCUCCUGCUGUCUACCAGCUAAAGCUAAAACAGGAAGAGCUCGGACCUCUGACUAAAGUAACCUUGGGUAAAAGAAACAUCAGCAAGAUAAACAAAACCAUCUUACUAGUUGGAGAAUCAGGGGCUGGAAAAUCAACGCUGAUCAACACGAUGGUCAACUACAUCAUGGGAGUGAAGUGGGAGGAUCAGAUCUGGUUUCAGAUUGUGGAGGAGGACGGGAGGCAUCAGUCUGACAGUCAGACGUCAGACGUGAUCGUCUACCAGAUCUUUGGUUUUGAAGGUCAAACUGUGCCGUUCUCCCUGACCAUCAUCGAUACUCCGGGAUUUGGAGACACCAGGGGGAUCGAACACGACACAAUGGUCAGUCACAGGUUGUUUGACUUGUUUCGAUCAGAGGACGGAGUUCAUGAGAUCCAUGCAGUGGGUUUGGUGAUGAAGGCUACAGAUAAUCGUGUUAAUGACAGAUUAUCGUAUGUCCUGAACUCAGCGAUGUCUCUUUUUGGAAGAAACCUAGAGAACAACAUUGUUGCUCUUCUCACUCACUCAGAUGGACAGAGACCCAGAAAUGUGAUUGAAGCCCUUGAACAAAUGAAAAUCAAAUGUGCCAGAGAUGAGAAGAACCAGCCUGUUUACUUUCUGUUUGAUAACUGCCAGAAUGAAGACCGAACUGAGGAAGACGCAGAAUUCCUGCAAAUGGCAGAAAAACGUUCAGACAAAGGAAUGAGAGCGUUCACUGAGUUCCUGGAAAAAACGGCACCUAAAAGAGUGAUGAGCACCGCUCAGGUUUUGAACGAACGCAUCAGCCUGAUGGCGUCUCUGCAAAACCUCCAGGACCGAAUCCAGCUGACUGAACAGAGACAGAUGGAAAUUAAUAAAAUCAGAGAAGCUAUAGGGAAACAUUCAGAGGAAAUGAGGAAGAAUAAAAACUUCACUGUAGAAAUUACAGAAGUCUACAAGGUGAAGGAACCGACUAAAGGUAAAAAGUUGAUGAAGCUUAGUCUUUUUGAAAAAGCUGUGUGCUGCACAGUCUGUGAGGAAAACUGUCACUACCCUGGAUGUACACUAGUCCCGAGUCCACAACACUGCGAGGUGAUGAAGAGAGGCCGCUGCACCGUCUGCACGGGGAAAUGUCCUGCAUCGGCUCACGUCAGAGAGGCCUGGAGGUACGUCAACAAGACCAGACAGGUCCAGUGGACGAUGAAGGCUGUGGAAGAGAAAUACAUGAAGAACAAGACAGACUGCGAGAAGAAGUUAAGCCUUUUGAAACAAAUGGAAAAGGACAUGAAGGAACUUUCAACUCAGAAGUCCCAACUUGUUGAUGAAGCCUUCAAACACGUCGUUCGACUGGAGCAGAUCGCCCUGAAGGUUGAUUCGGUUUCUACAUUUUUGUACUUGGACUUUCUGAUUGAGAAGAUGAAAGACAAAGGAGACGGAGCGAGGGCGCAGAAACUGGAGGAGAUGAAGAGCAGACAGGAUGAAGGAACCAAGUUAGCACUGCAGUAUGUGUGGGGUAAAAUACCAGAACCAACGUAACCAACAGAACCAACGGAACCAACAGAACCAACGGAACCAACAGAACCAACAGAACCAACAGAACCAACAGAACCAACAGAACCAACGUAACCAA